AUGUCCUUCAAAGAGAUACCAUUAUUAGAUCUUUCGCUGGCUAGCGACCCGGCCACCAAGCCGGCGUUCCUGGCAGACUUGCGACAUGCCCUUCUGGAAGUCGGUUUCCUGUACCUCAAGAACGUGGGCAUAUCCGACGCGCUCUUUGCAAAUGUGAUUCAGGAGGGUAAGGGGUUUUUUGACAUUCCAAUGGAAGAAAAACUAAAAAUUGAAAUGAAGAAUGCGCCGUCAUUCCUUGGUUAUUCGCAACUGUCGGCCGAGAUCACCGCAGGCGCCGUCGACCACCGAGAGCAGAUUGACCUAAGCACUGAACACCCAGUCCCCAGCUCAGAUGCUCCGCUCCACCACAACCUCCUGGCGCCGAACCAGUGGCCGUCGCCGGCGGUGCUUCCGGGGUUCCGCCCGGCCUUUACCGAGUACAUGGCGUCCAUGGGCCGGAUCAGCCUCGCCUUUACCUCGCUGAUUGCCGAGGCCAUUGGUCUGCCUCCCACGGCAUUUGACCGCUACUUUGACGGCAGCGAGCAGCAGCACAAGCUCAAGGUCGUUCGGUAUCCAGACGCGGCGGAGCUGGGACUAGACGGACAAGACAAGACGACAAACAGUAGUGACCAUUACCAGGGCGUAGGACCGCACAAGGACAGCAUGUUGACGAGCUACCUCCUGCAAGCGAGUCGGCACCGGGGCCUGCAGGUGCAAAACACGCGCGGGGAGUGGAUCGACUGCCCGCCGGUGGACGGGACGCUGGUCGUGGCCAUUGGGCAGGGCAUGGAGGCGCUGACGUCGGGCGUCUGCGUCUCGACGACGCACCGGGUCCUGAGCCCGGCCGCGGGCUCCGGGUCGCGCUUCUCGAUCCCCUUUUUCCAGGGCGUGCGCGGCGACGCCACCUUUGACGAGCUCGAGACGGUCGGCAUCGGCGAGGUGCCGGCCGAGAUCAAGGACCAGCGCCGCGCCGUGCUCGCGCGCUCCGGUGGGGGCGGCCGCCGCCUCGAUGAUGUCGAGUUUACGUUUCGUAGCGGCGGCGCUUCCAAGACCCUGGGCGAGGCGACGCUGCGCAACCGCGUCAAGAGUCACCAGGACGUGGCCGAGAGGUGGUAUCCAGAUCUGCUGCGGGACGUCAGGGCGCAGUUGGCGAGGGAGAAGCGGGAGAAGGAGGAGAGGGCCGCUGCUGGUCAUUGA